CUAAGAAGUAACUGGGGUAGGAAGCAGCAGAGAAGAGGGAAAACAGUGGCUGAAGCCAGCCUGGGGCCAGCAAAUCCUCAGGGAACUGGGCACCAAGGCUCCCCACGCCCCACCUGCAGAAAGCCGAGUUUCGCCAAGGCAAAGAGCAUGCCAGGAGAGGAACCCCCAGCUCCACCUCCUCCUCCCUCAGCCUGCAGAGAGGGCAGGCUCGGCAGCUGUGCACAGGGGGUUUCUGUGCCUCCAUAACUGCACAGCCUGCCUGGAGUUUGUCUCUCAGCUGAUGAGAAGCUGGAGCAGCAGGAAGGGAAGCGAAGUGGCCUGGCUCAGCCCAGGCUUGGUAGGGCAGAGAAAUGCACUGUGGGAAGAUAAUGGGAGAGACCCACGGCUGGUACUGGCUACCAGGGAAAGUUACGGACUGACUGACUCAGAGCACCGGUUGCUGACUGAGACCUCCUGGGGCUCCGGAUUACAGCAACGCAAGGCACUAGGGAAGGGCCCCCAGCUGGGGGGAGACAGACACAGCCAUGGCUGUAUCAUGAACUGUUACACGUGGGCUUUGGUUGCUGUUAUUAAAAGGAAAGAGGAAUCACCCUGCCCACUUUGUGACUGCACCGCUGCAGACUGCGCCUUGCCAGGAGCCAGCGCACAGAGAGCCUGGGUUCCGCAAUACGACACUGGUGCAAGUAACCAACGUGCGAGGCGUGUGGCCUGGCAAGCAAAGGACUGGGAGCCAGCAAUUUCUAACCUGUAACCCCAGCUGUGUCACCAAAGCACUCAGAGGCCUUGCACACGGGCUAAGUAUGGCCAUGUGACCUACCUCACAGGGGCAUCAUGAGAACUAGCUCACAUUUGUGAAGGGCGCUGAGGAAAAGCACUAGGUAAGUGCUGAGAACUUCUAGAGGAGGAAAAAAAAGCUUUAAACAGACGGCCAAUUCCUGCCUGCAUAGGUUUGGUUAUUGCAGCAACUUCAGCUCACACAGUUUUGGACCCUCUUCAAAUCCAAAACUCGAGACACAACUAAGUGACUUUUGCUCAGCUUUGCUGCAUCACCUAUGGGCGAGAAGGGUUUCAUCGGAGAGGGGACAUGUGGAUGGCACUGAACAGGGACUCUGCUACUAAGGAGACAAGGGUCACAUAAGAGAAAGACUGAAUCACCCCCUCUCUCUAGUGGAGGAAUAAGGGGAGAAGAGAAGGUCCCGGAGUGAACCGGAUGAAUUUGAUGGAUGUGUUUCUUUGAGGCAUUCUGAGGGUGAAGAGGUUUCACACUUGGGGUGCAGGGGUUUUAGAGCAUUGGUCGCACUUUGCACUUCUCUGUGUGCUGAACUUCGAGAGGGGAUGAAGCAGGAAGAGGAGGAGGUGGUCGUGAGGCUAGAGGAGGAAGAGGUUGGUAACGCAGGAGCGCGGAGAGGCGCAGUGCCCGCCCACACACACUAUGGCAGGGGAGUGAGAUUUUCUGAGGUGUGGGAGUACUUCCACAUUGCCCCGCCCCGGACUGGUCACCACCCUAGCCAAUACGCUGCCUGCAGGCUCUGUGGCCGACAGGUCAGCCGUGGUCCAGGACUGAACGUUGGGACCACCGCUCUGUGGAAACACCUGAGGAGCAUGCACAGAGAGGCGCUGGAGAAGAGUGGGCACAGGCAGGUCAACCAAUGCCCAGUGGCGCACUUGCCUGUGGCACAGCACCAGCCAGUCGCAGAGGGGGAAUGGGCUCACCUCAUGGAGCAGAUGGGGGCGCUGGCUCUGCGUGCCAGCCAGCGGGAGAGGGAAGUGGAGAAGAGGGAGAAGGCCGUGGAACGCAGGGCAAGGGCCGUGGAGCGGCGCGAGAGGGCCGUGGAGCGGCGCGAGAGGGCCGUGGAAGAGGAGGAGAGGUCUCUGACAGAGAGGGUGCUGAAGAUGAAGGCUGAGGAGGUUCAGGUGCGGCUGAAAGGCACAUGCGAGAGGGAAAGUGCCCUGGCCUCAGCUGCUGCUCUCCCCGUGCAUUUUGUGUAGGAAUACUUGGGUUAUGAGACUAAGAGCAACACCCAGGCAGGUGACUGAAGCAACAUUUUAAGACCUGGUGUGAACUGUCUGGACUGUGUUCUAGGCCUCUGACCCACGAAACAGAACCACCAAUCUCCCUGAUUCCCUUCAGCCUUGGACAGCCUCCUUCUGAAACAAAAGGCACAGAUCUUGCAUGUUCAAAGCUGGGCCAAACAAACAAUUAUAUGGCUCCUGGUUUCUGACACUGGGGAAUACGGAGCUCCACCAGGCACACGCAGUCUCAACAAGAGCCCUGCACAAGCAAUACUGUGGGUGGACUCCGCCAGUCAUGGCCCUAGCAGGCCUACGAUGUGGUCAGUCAAACCUUCGGUUAGGAGACCAGUUUGAAACCAAACCG